AUGUCGGCCCGACUUGCACAGACCCGACUUGCACAGACCGAUGACGAGCAGCCGAGGCCAGCAGCUGUGGUUGCGGUGCCCCUUCGAGCCAUCGGAGCAGCUCUUGCUCUUGGGCUCAUUCUUGGGGCUGCCGCCACUGCUUUGGCAACUCGAUCUCACCUGAUUGACCGGAGCAGCUUGGAGUUCGUUGGCCUCGCAGACGACGACACCUUUGAAAUACCGCAUCUCACCUUGCCGCCUACUCCCGUGGACGAGGCCAAAGAGAAGGCAGCAGAGUUCAGGGAUAAAUGGGGCAUCAACAACAUCCGGCAUGAUCAGAUCACACUCUGCGUUACGAACCUCAACCUGGGGCUGUGGAAGCUCAUUCAAUGGGCCGCUGUCAUGGGUGAAACCGUGGAGAACUGCCCUGGAGGGUUCACGAACAUUGACAAGAAGAUUGCUUGCAACAUCAACAUAGCCGCGCUUGUGGCGUCGAUGUCAGCAGCAAUCUCCUUCUUCGCGAGCACCGCCUUCCUUUGCACCGGCAAGGAUAACCCAGAUGCAGCUUGCACCACGGUGCUGGGGGCGACGAUGGAGACCUUCGCGACCUACCCGGCAGCAGAGAACCAGAUUGCCCUGUUCUGCCCCAAGAACGCCUACGACGAGACCGUCGUGCAAGGUGGCGUAACAGUCUUUUCUGCCGAUCGCCGCCUUCGUGGGCUCGCCUUAACCAACUCAACGGCUCCUGUUGCCGACCGAGAGCUGUACAAGCCGCCCCCGGAGGAGCCAUUGGAACUUCUCUUCUGCAGCUGGCAGAUCGCACAAACCGUUUGGUUCUUCGUGCGUGCUGGCGUGAUCUCUGCUCUAGCGGAUGGCGUGUGCACAGAUCUGAAGGGUAGGAAGAAGGCAGCAGCAGAGGCACGUGUGAACCGGAAAAUCCGCAAGAUCCACUUGAUUCGCAGCAUUGCGUUGCGAAGGCUCCAGCGAGAGAACAAGCUCACAAGCUCAGCAAGUGCGGAGGCUUCCAAACUCAUUCAGGAGGAUGAGGAAGCCCAAGACCUUCCCGCUGACAGCUCGGUGCCGGCACUCCUCCGUGGUCUCGGGCUGAGGACGAACGUCACCAGUCGGCGUGAGCUUGAAGAUCUUAUGCUAGCCAAGAUGGGGACCAUGGAUCCUACGCCCCUACAGGAUUCAGGACGGCAGGAAAUGAUGGCAAAGGUGCACCACCUGCAGGCAAAGUACCCAUCAGGACCAUGA